AUGAGCGCGCAAUUAACAUCACUACUUGGUGGUGAAUGGUAUGCAGUUUAUGCAUCUAUAACAUCAAAUCUUAAUAGAAUCGGUUUAUUUUCUCCAAUUGCUUAUUUUCGUACAUUACCACGUCAACCUGAACCUAUACUUAAUUUACGUGGUAAAUCAUUAUCUCGUUCAACAAUUGAAUUAGUCUGGCAACCACCAUCAAAACCUAAUGGUCCAAUAAUCAAUUAUCUUGUUUAUUAUGCACCAAUGGAAGAUCGUUUACCAGUAAAUAAUUCGAAAUUACGUUGUUUAAUGAAAGAAGAAGCUGUUCAACUAAAUCAUAUAAAUCUCACACAAUCAGCACGAUGUUCACGACCAAAAUCUCGUAUAUCUCAUUCGAUUACAAAUAAUGAUGAUGACAUAGAUGAUGAAAAUGAAGAAAAUACAAGUAUUGAUCAAGUUGUUACGGAUUUAUCUAUACUUGAAUAUCAGCUUAUUAAUUCUGUAAGCCAACGAAAAGAUCCAUUGUUUAUUCGUCAAGAACUUAAAGAAACAAUUAUAAAUGACUUAGAUCAUUAUUUUGAAGAUAAAAGUAGUGCAUUUAAUGAUAAUUGUAAAUCAGAUUCUCAAGAACAACCCGUUGUUGAACAGAAACCACAUAUUGAUCUCUAUAUACAAAUUGUAUCCGAUACAAAAAUUAUUAUUGAUGAUUUAAAAGAAGCACAAAUGUAUAUGUUUCAAGUCUAUUCAUGUCAUGAUAUAUCAAAACAAUCUUUAUCUAAUGCUUGUAGUCUUAAUGGAAUUAUAUUAGCUGUUAGAACAAAACUCGGUGAUCCAUCUCGUAAUUUAGUACGUGAUGUUCAAGUUGUUGAUUCUGAUCAAUUAACAACUAAUGAAAAAUCACUUACUUAUCAAAUAUCAUGGUUAGAAUCAUUAGAACCAAAUGGACUUAUUUAUUUUUAUAUUAUACAUAUUGGACAAAAUAGUAAUAAUGGACCAAAAGAAGAACUUUGUGUUGGACAUGAUGUAUAA